AGACGUUCUUGACGGCAUCGCUGUCGGGUGAGGGGGGGUCAUAAAUUGAGACUCCUUGGCUUGCACUGUACAAUAUUUGCAUACUGUAUUGCUGCAUAGCCCAAAGACAAUAUGACCCAGCGGUGGUUGCUCCUUACCCGAGUGUAAAAGGAGUGACAAAAGGACCUGGGUCACGGACACUUUGUUGACACUUUCUAGCACCCUCCGUCUUCAUCCAGCCGGCUGCAGCUGUCUGUCCACAGCCGCCAAGGGGGAGGUAAGAGACGGUUUCUGCCAUGGGACCAUCCCGGUUGCUAGUUAGCGGUUAGCUAGCCUGGUUAGCUCGUCGCUAACUCGCCAGUAACAAUCUCCAUUCUCAGCCAUUAUAAUGAUAUACAUUAUUUAUGCUCAUAUUUACCUGUGGUUGUUACCUAUACGAGAGUAAUACUUUCUUUUUAACACCCAAUGUGCAAGUUUUCGAUAAGUUAGCCAAGACGAGACAGUCUGCUAAGAGUCAAUAAUAACAAGUUGGUUUCCGUUGUCUUUCAAAAUAUAACUAAAGAUUCAUUUAUGAGUUAAACAACCAACACUCAAAUGGCUUUUAUUUUGAAACAAAGCGAAACGACUUCCGUGUUUUGUUUAAUUCAUGAUGUCUAACUUAAUAGUACCCCGAGCAGGCUCUAGGGAACCAGCCGGAGUUAGCGGGGUUAGCUUAGCCCAAUUAGCCUUCCGGCAAGUCAUCAUCAGCUGUCGUUUUGCCAGCAUGCUAUCAGCUCCUUAACCACCGCAAAGACACUGUGGCUGUCUCCGUUAGAGGUUCAAGCCGAGCCGCCGAGCAGUCCAGCCGCUGAGCCAUGCGACAGUGGUGUGUCCCCGUUGCGACCCGAAGCACAGAGCCACUCCCGGGGCGCCUCUCCUUGUCGCCCCCUCCGUCAGAUGCCAGGAUGGAGUGCUGCGAGGUGGAACCGCGCUACACCAUCGAGCAGAUUGACCUCUUGCAGCGUCUGCGCCUCUCAGGCAUGACCAAACCUCAGAUCCUCCACGCUUUGGAGUCUCUGGAGAGGCUCGACCCGGACCACCGCGCACCUCACUGUGAAUCCCACCCUGCUCCAUCCAACAACAACAACAACACACCCGCCACGGCCGCCCCGGCUCCCACUUCAUCCUCUUCGUCGUCCACCUCAUCAAUGUCACUGGCGUCGGCCACCACGCAGACCUCCGGGUUAGACGGCGCCGCCCUGUCCCCCAGCAACAGCUUUGAGGCCUCUCCUCCGCCCCUCUACCCCCCCGCGGUGGCCGUGCAGCGCUCAUUCAGCUACGAUAUGGUCGGGGAGGAGGAAUGGGACCUGGAGGAAAAGGUGGAGGAAUACAUGAGGAGGGAUAGCAACCUGGUAAAAGACGAGAUCAAAACCUUCCUCAACAACCGCAGGAUCUCGCAGGCAAUUGUGGGACAGGUCACAGGCAUCAGCCAGAGUUACAUUUCCCAAUGGCUGCUGCAGCAAGGCCUGGAGAUGAGUGACUCCAAACGCAGAGCUUUCUACCGCUGGUACCUGCUGGAGAGAAAUAACCCAGGGCCCAGGUGGAGCGAAAGCCAGCACAGUGUGAGUCCCACGCCCAGGGCCAGGGGAGGGGACAGAGACGGUCUGGUGGCGGGGGCGAGUGGCAGCCUCCCCAACCCAAACACCAACCUCAACCCCAACUCCAACCCCUUGUGGAGCAGGCAGAGAGAGCUGCUGAUGCAUUUGCUGCCGUGGUACACUGCCGCAGCCCAGCCAGGCGCUACUUUAUCGAUGCGAUCAUUGGUCAAGGAGGAACCGGACUGGCGGACGGGUAUCAUGGUCGGUGACAGGGCAACCAUCGUCGGUGCGCCGUUGAGGCUGCGUCGAGGAAGCAGGUUCACCUGGAGGAAGGAGUGUCAGUCCAUCAUGGAGAGUUUCUUUCUGGAGAACCAGUAUCCCGACGAGGCAAAGCGUGAGGAGAUCGCCAACGCCUGCAACUCAGUCAUCCAGAAACCAGGUUGCAAGCUGUCCGAGUUUGAGCGUGUGACGGCCUUGAAGGUGUACAACUGGUUCGCUAACCGUCGCAAGGAGAUGAAGAGGAGAGCAAACAUCGAAGCCGCCAUUUUGGAAAGCCACGGCAUCGAGGUUCCGAGUCCGAGCUGCCACUCAAAUGGGGAAGAGGCCGAGAUGCAGGAGUUUGCGGAUCAGGUCAAUCACAGCUUCUCAGAGCAGGAAGAGGCCUCCACCCAACAAGACCCCUCUGUGAGGGCGACCCCCGAUGUCCUCCCAAGCCCCGCCCCCCAGGCGCUGGAACAGAAACAGGAGGACCCAAAAAGGGAAACUGUGGAUGAAGAGUGACCAAAACUGGUGAUCUUGUUUGAAUUUUAAUCAAAAUACUUAAAAAAAAAAAACAAUUAAAAAAGGGUCUGCUUCCUCCUCGGGGGGCUGAAGACACCCUUAAAUAAAUCAAAGGGUGCUAAAAGCUGACGGGAAAGAGGCUGCCAUAUUUAUCGAAAGUUAUCACGCUUAUGUUAACAGCAAUAUACAGUACAAAUAUGAAUAUAUACUUGAACAUAUAUCAAUAUGUAGUGCAUUCCAAGGUGGUAUUAAGAAGCCUAAAUUCCAUAGAAUUACCUAAAGGAUACCUCACCCAUUUUAAACAUUUGUAUUCUUUGCUUCAUGCUUUCUUUUGGCACUGAGUGGUCAUAUGACGCAAGCCUGCAGGUCAGGUGACGCUAUCAGAAGUCUAGUUUGCAUGCAUGCAUGCGUGGGUGUGCGUGCAUGUGUGUGCGUGCGUGCGUGUAUGUCUGUCAUUUUUCUGGUGCUGGCCUCUGACCUCACAGAGUCGACUGAUCAAGUCUCUAUCAAUGUUUGCAAAGCCCUGAGGGACGCCUGGAAUCUCAGGGAAUCCAACAAUGAUGGAUCAAGAUGGUGAAGAAAUGUGUGUGUGUGUGUGUGUGUGUGUGUGUGUGUUUCAUCUUAUCUGCUCUCAAUCCAAACAGGAUGUUCUAUUUAUACAUUUUUUUAUUAGUAGAACAAAGCGAGGACUAUCCAUCAUGUCUUUGUUCAAACUCAAUGCUGCUCUCUGUGCUUUUUUUUCCCCUCAUCUAACCUCAUUUUCUCAAGCUGAAGUCAGCCUGUGAAGCUUCUCUUUAAAAGAAACGUAAAUGUGAUUGAAAAUCAUGACGCGUCCUCUUCCCUCCUUAUUGGAAUAAGCUAAAAGCUUCAGCUCCGCAUACUGCACUUCAAAGUGAAUCUCACUCUAAUAAUAAUAAUAUGCUUGUGUACAUAACCCAGAGGAUAAACAGCAUUUAUGGGUGCUUUUCUUCAAACUAACAUUAGCAAAAAAAAAGAAAUCAAUAUAUAUAUACUGUAGAAUUAUCAAACUUGAACUAGCAGACAACCUCUGUGGAGUUGCUCCCCAAAAUGUUCAUGAAAUGAACAAAGAUGCUUGUAGUAUACUUUAAUUGAUGCCAAAGGUAUGGAUGAUGAUGAUGAUGCUCAGUCCAACACUAGCCAACACUCCUAAAGAGGAAUAGCUCUGUACGGUGGAUGUGUUACAAGCCAUUCUUGUCACCCUUCAUGAUACACUGUCCUGUAGCAUUUUUGUCAGUGGGGGGGGUGAAAAAGACCAUUAUUAUUAUUAUUAUUAUUAUCAUUAUUGUUAUGCUCCUUGAUAUCUGCUUUUUAUCUGACAGUGAGCAACAAUAAAAAUAUUGUAAACAAUGGCCGUGCUGCGU